ACUUACAGCUAGCUGCUUUACUCCGAAGCACAAAUACUAUCAACAUGGACGCGGACGUGAGCAAGUCGGGAACAGUCGUGUUAGCCUAGCGUGCUCGCGCAACGCUCGUUAAUUAACGAGCUUGUUGCUCAGGUCUAAUCCGCGUUAGCUCGCGCGCACGAGUUUUAUUUUGAAAGUCCGUAACGCUCGUCCCGCAGUUCGGAUGCGCUGCACGCGAUAAUGGAGAUGGCUGUUAAGGGAAAAGCCAAAAGGAGACACCUGACCGCGGGGGAGUGUGAGGACCUGGGGCAAAGCGCCCAGGGCACUAAUACCCUCACCCGACCCCACACCCGACCGGUCACUGGCAACCCCACCCGGGGGCUUCACCCCAGGACACCCACCAAGCGGCGGAAGUGUGCAUCUGCCUCAGGAAGUGUCGCCGGGCAACAGAAGGGCAUCGACAAAUUCUUCUCCGUGACGGGAGUCCUCAGUUCCAGUCCGCACAAAUCCCCCCGGCCCGGCUCGUCCACACGGACACACGGACUCAACGGGAGGCUUUUCUCUGAUGAAGAGCCGGGGGUUAGGAAAGAGGAAGAGGAGGAUGACGACGAUGAUGUCAGCCUGUUGGCAGCACACCCUGAAGAAGAGGAGGAGGUUGGCGAUGAAAGCCUUUUAGCUGCAGAGUUGUUGCCAAAGGAGGAGGACGUGGAUCACCUGGAGGGAAUCACAGCGGAGAUGUUCGGAGACGAUGAUGACUUCGACCGAUGUGACGGUGACCUUCGCGACCCGGAGGGCGAAGCGGAGGCCCUGCCUGACUCCCACUACGGGCUCCUGGGGAGCAGGAAGGUCUUGCUGGAGCCCCAGGGCUGCGUGGAUGACCUUCCAGAGGAGGUGCUGAGGCAAGUUCUGUGCCUGGUCCCGGCCAAGGACCUCUACCGCAGCGUCAGCCACGUGUGCCACCGCUGGAGGAACAUCGUCCAGGACGCAAAGGCGAAGCCACACAACGACACAAAGUCACACGAGUCUCAACGUUUUAUAAAGAAUAGACGCCACACUCACGGCCAGCACGCCGAACGGAAGCUCCAGAGCUGGAGCUCCAUUCGGCUGGGUCGCUUGACCCACUCUCCCACUCGAAAGUCAGAUUUAGUCAAUAUAUAUAUAUUGUAGUGGCACUCCGUAUAGUUCUGGGUCUUCUGUACCACAAUUUGAGUUCACUCUUAGACGCUAUUAAUUGACACGCGAGUGAGACGAGUAGUUCUUCCAUAAAAAAUGUUUACUAGAAAACGUAGUUACAUGUUCACACGGUCAAAAAACGAUGUCGCUUCCAACAUCUGAGCUCAAAUCUGGACUGACGUCCAACACGCAGGUUUUACUGACGUGACGUCAUCGGAUUGGAAGCUUAUAUUCUGACAAGUUAGUCAUCUUUUAAAUACAAUACUGAAUUAUAUAUGUUGACCUCAACAUUCUUUCAAAUCAUAAUGAAAAAGAUUUAUCUUCAGUUACCUUUUUAAAUCUUUUUAAACUAAAUUAUUAUAACAAAUGGCUCUUACAUUACAUAUAUAUAUAUAUUAAUAGUUUAUCCGCCUCUUGUGGUUGGACGUUGCCGUGAUGGUGUCUUUUAAGGCUCACGACGUGAACACUGUUGUGCUGGACGUUGUGCGUUUGUUUGUGUUCCCUCGUGCAGUUCGUUCCCUUCAAGAAAAAAUACUUCCGCUACAUGAUGAGGGAGACGGAGACGGUGCGGGAGGUCUGCUCCGCCCUGAGGGACAGCGGCAUC